CCACUACGUUUCCAUAUACUUGUUGAAUUUCUCCCCCUUACUUUCAGACUGCUCUUGUGCACAUUCAAACAGCGACCAUGCAAAUCGAAGAAGUGAAAAGCACUGGCAAGGAACAGCGCGUCGCGACACACUCCCACAUUCGCGGACUUGGCCUCAAGCCCGAGGGCACGGCAGAGGCAGUUGCUGCCGGGUUUGUCGGCCAGGAGACCGCCCGCGAGGCUGCUGGAAUCGUUGUUGACCUGAUCAAGGCCAAGCGGUUUGCUGGUCGCGCUGUACUGAUCGCUGGAGCUCCGGGCAGCGGCAAGAGCGCUAUUGCGUAUGCCAUCUCACAGGAGCUGGGCCCGCGCGUGCCGUUCUGCCCGAUGACCGGCAGCGAGGUGUACUCGAGCGAGGUGAAGAAGACAGAGGUUCUAAUGGAGAAUUUCCGGCGGGCAAUCAGCCUGCGCGUCAAGGAGACGAAGGAGGUAUACGAGGGCGAGGUCACCGAGAUUACGCCCGAGGAGACGGAGAACCCACUGGGUGGAUAUGGCAAGACAAUCUCGCAUGUGGUGGUGGGCCUGAAGACGGCCAAGGGCACGAAGCAGCUGCGGCUGGACCCGAGCAUCUACGAGAGCCUGCUCAAGGAGAAGGUGUCUGUGGGCGACGUCAUCUACAUUGAAGCCAACACGGGCUCGGUGAAGCGCGUGGGCAGAUCCGACGCGUUUGCAACCGAAUACGACCUGGAGGCCGAUGAAUACGUGCCGCUACCCAAGGGCGAUGUGCACAAGAAGCGCGAGGUCAUCCAGGACGUGACGCUGCACGAUCUCGACGUGGCCAACGCCAAGCCGCAGGGUGGCCAGGAUAUUGUGUCGAUGAUGAGCCAGCUUAUGAAGCCGCGCAAGACCGAGAUCACCGACAAGAUGCGCCAGGAAAUCAACAAGGCCGUCAACAAGUACAUUGAGCAGGGCACAGCCGAGCUUGUCCCCGGUGUCCUCUUCAUCGACGAGGUGCACAUGCUUGAUAUUGAGUGCUUCACGUACCUGAACCGCGCGCUCGAGUCCAACAUCUCGCCCAUCGUCGUGCUGGCAUCGAACCGCGGCAUCUGCACUAUCCGCGGCACCGAGGACCUGCGCGCGCCGCACGGAAUCCCACGCGACCUGCUGGACCGCAUGCUGAUUGUGCGCACCGCACCGUACACGCAGAGCGAGACCCAGAUCAUCCUCGAUAUCAGAGCCAAGACCGAGGGGCUCAAGGUUGCCCAGGAUGCGCUCGAGUACGCCGCUGAGGUUGGUGUCAAGUCAUCGCUGCGUUACGCCAUCCAGCUGCUGACGCCGGCCAACGUCAUGGCCCAGAUCCACGGCCGGGAUGAGAUUCACAAGGAGGACAUGCUCGAGACAGGCGACCUGUUCUUUGACGCAAAAAAGUCGGUGGCGAUUGUGCAGGCUACCGAGUCGCUGUUCCUCUAAAGUCACUGUAGCGCUGACAAGAAACCAUAUAUUCUUUUUGCAAAGUGUGAGAAAGAGUUGCUUAUUCGCCAAACAGCAGCUGCACGCGCUUCAGUACCGAGUCCUUGGACGGAUCGUACGGGUGGUCUUUGGAUGGGAUCUCGAGCACUGUCGGGAACGCUGCACUGUAUUCGUCCAGGAUACCGCGGAUGUACUCGGCGAU